AUGGCCCCUUCAAGCUUCAACAGUUCUCUGGAUAUCACCUUCAUCGGAACCGCAACGGCCAUCAUCGAAAUCGAUGGCGUAACCUUUCUCACAGACCCCAUGUUUUCCCCAGCAGGCACAGAAUGGGACAUGGGAACUGCCACCCUCAAGAACACAGAGUCACCGGCCUUAGGUUUGGAGAACCUUCCGCCAAUCGAUGCCAUUCUGCUCAGCCACGAGGACCACCCGGAUAACCUCGACGAGUUGGGCCGACGCCUUCUCGACGGCCGCAAAGUCUUGACCACAGUUGACGGUGCGAAGAAUCUGGCGCCUCGCCCUGGCGUCAAGGGCAUGAGGCCUUGGGAAACCACCACGCUCACCGCUGGAGGCAAGGAAUUCCAAGUCACCGCGACCCCCUGUCAGCAUCUGCCUGGCGGUGAAUGUACCGGCUUCAUCCUCACGGCUGGGGAUUUUGGAACAAGCGAGGACGGCCGUCCCAAUGCGAUCUACAUUUCUGGUGACACGGUGUAUCUGGAUGAGCUGGCUGAGGAGAUUCCCAAGAAGUUCUGUGUCGUCGCUGCCAUCAUGAACUUUGGUUUCGCUGUUGCGCCGCUGCCGACUGGGCCACAGCCCAUAACCAUGGAUGGAAAGUCCGGUGCGAGGCUGCUGCAGGCGCUGAAAUCUGAUGUCCUUGUUCCGAUGCACUAUGAGUCUUGGGGGCAUUUUACUCAAUUUGGAAAGGAACUUGCGCAGGACUUUGAAGCCGCAGGUGUGCAGCAUAAGGUGUGUUGGUUGACUCCGGGUCAGAAGAAGAAGGUCUUGUAG